AUGGACACAGAGCCCACCACCGCGGAUGAAACACUGCAUCCAGCGGAUAUCGACGACGAGACAGAAAAAGCAUCCCUCUCCCAUACCAGAACAGCAUGGCACAUGGCCCCCGAAGUGCGCAGAAUGAAGGAUCGAGACGAAGAAGGAGGAGAGAAGCCUAGAAAGCUCGGCGUGGCCUGGAAAAACCUUACUGUCAAAGGCGUCGGCGGCAACGCCACGUUCAACGAGAAUGUACUCUCCCAGUUUUUACCCUUCCGCAAGGGUAGCAAAGGUGUCCAGCCGAGGACCAUCAUUGAAGAUUCAUAUGGAUGUGUGAAGCCCGGAGAGAUGUUGCUCGUUCUUGGACGGCCUGGUGCCGGCUGCACGACAUUGCUGAAUGUACUCGCCAACAAUCGACUCGGCUAUGAAGAAGUCACUGGGGAUGUCAACUAUGGAAACAUGUCUGCCGAGGAAGCCAAACAGUAUCGUGGCCAGAUUAUCAUGAAUACGGAGGACGAAAUAUUCUUUCCAAACCUGACUGUCGAGGACACUAUUGACUUUGCCGCUCGCAUGAAGGUUCCCUAUCACCUACCGCCUGGGAUCAAGUCUCAUGAAGAAUAUGUCCAAUUCUAUAAGGAUUUCCUCUUGCGGUCGGUUGGAAUAGCCCAUACCGCGCGUACGAAGGUAGGAGACGCCUUUAUCAGGGGUGUUUCGGGAGGAGAGAGGAAACGCGUGUCUAUUCUUGAAUGUCUGACUACUCGCGCAAGUAUCUUCUGCUGGGAUAACUCGACAAGAGGCCUCGAUGCCAGCACAGCGCUCGAGUGGAUCAAGGCAAUCAGGGUCAUGACAGACGUCCUCGGGCUCACUACCACUAUCACACUCUACAAGGCGGGUAACGGCAUCUACGAUCAUUUCGAUAAGGUACUUGUUCUCGAUGAGGGCAAGCAAAUCUUCUAUGGACCCCAGAAAGCUGCUGUCCCGUUCAUGGAAGACCUUGGUUUUAUGCGGGACUCUGGUUCCAACCGGGGGGAUUUCCUGACGGGCGUGACGGUCCCUACAGAGCGUCGUAUUGCCCCUGGAUGUGAAGGAACGUUCCCACGCACCGCCAGUGAGAUCCGUGCGGCAUACGAACGGUCGAAUAUCACGCCCAAGAUGCUAAAAGAGUGUGACAGCUAUCCAGCAAGCAAGGAAGCCGCGGAUAACACGGCUGUCUUCAAGGAGAUGGUCUCUCGUGAAAAGCACAAGGGUGUAUCUGAAAAGUCUCCCCUCACUACUGAUUUCAUCACGCAAGUCAAGGCUGCCGGUAUCAGGCAGUAUCAGUUCAUAUGGGGUGAUAAGGCGACGCUAUUCAUGAAGCAAGGCGCCACGGUCAUCCAGGCUCUUCUUGGUGGCUCUCUCUUCUAUGCUGCCUCCGAUAACUCGGUCGGUCUUUUUAUUAAGGGCGGUGCCCUGUUCUUCUCGAUUUUAUACAACGCCCUGAUAGCCCUGUCAGAGGUCACCGACUCGUUCACUGGCAGGCCCAUUCUAGCCAAGCAUCGCUCCUUUGCCUUGUACCAUGCAGCGGCGACCUGCAUCGCCCAGAUCGCCGCAGACGUUCCUAUUAUACUAUUCCAAGUAACGAAUUUCGGCCUUAUCCUCUACUUCAUGGUUGGCCUGAAGACCACAGCCGGGGCCUUCUUCACCUAUUUGGUCACCAACUUCAUGACUGCCAUGUCCAUGACGGCUUUCUUCCGCCUUGUCGGCGCCGCAUUCCCUACUUUCGACGCUGCGACCAAGGUCUCGGGUCUUUCAAUUGUAGCCUUGUUUGUCUACAUGGGCUACAUGAUCAUCAAGCCCGCGAUGCACCCGUGGUUUGUUUGGAUCUUUUGGAUCAACCCCAUGGCAUAUGGAUUCGAAGCUCUUCUUGGAAACAAAUUCCACGACCAGCAUAUACCGUGUUAUGGGCCUAACCUGAUUCCCAGCGGCCCCGGCUAUAUUGACGGCGAGGGUGGGCAAUCAUGCGCAGGUGUUAUUGGCGCAGCACCCGGUGCAACGAGCCUCACGGGCGAUGAAUAUCUCGUGGCCAUGUCCUUUAGUCACAGCCAUAUCUGGCGCAACUUCGGCAUCAUCUACAGCUGGUGGGUGCUCUUUGUUGCGCUCAGUAUAUUCUUCACCUCUCGGUGGAAGAUGCAAGGCGAAGGUCGCCACACACUUCUUAUUCCUCGGGAGCAUCAGCACAAGUCGAAGCAUCUUUUGCAGUCAGGAGACGAGGAAGCAGGAGGUACGGAGAAGUCCGCAGUUGAGUCCGGGUCUGAUACACCAGGCGGAGGCCUCAGGAAUGACGACCUCCUCCGCAACAAGACCAUAUUCACCUGGAAAAACCUGACGUAUACCGUCCGAACCUCUGACGGUGACCGGGUUCUUCUUGAUAACGUUCAGGGCUAUGUCAAACCCGGCAUGCUUGGGGCACUAAUGGGCUCCUCUGGUGCUGGCAAGACGACACUUGACGUUCUCGCACAACGCAAAACCGCUGGAACUAUCCAUGGCUCUGCCUUAGUCGAUGGCCGCCCUGUUCCUAUUUCAUUCCAACGCUCAGCCGGCUACGUCGAACAGUUAGAUGUCCAUGAGCCCUUGGCGACUGUCCGUGAGGCUCUCGAAUUUUCAGCCCUCUUGCGUCAAUCUCGCAAUACACUCACUGCAGAAAAGCUGCGAUAUGUGGAUACCAUUGUGGACCUCCUGGAACUGAAUGAUAUCGAACAUACGCUUAUUGGCCGCCCAGGUACUGGUCUCUCAGUGGAGCAGCGUAAGCGUGUUACUAUUGCUGUCGAACUGGUAGCAAAGCCGAGCAUCCUGAUCUUCCUCGAUGAGCCCACGUCAGGGCUGGAUGGCCAGGCUGCCUAUAAUACUGUUCGUUUCCUCCGAAAACUCACAGAAGCCGGUCAAGCCAUCUUGGUAACUAUCCACCAACCAUCAGCCCAGUUGUUCGCACAAUUCGAUAAGCUACUAUUGCUAGCUGCGGGCGGGAAAACAGUAUACUUCGGAAAUAUCGGCCAGAAUGCGAAUUCUGGACAGGGGGGGGAGGGCCACGAUUGGAACCAGAUCUGGCUGCAGUCACCGGAACAUGACAAGCUCUGCAAGGCUCAUCCUACGGCAGUGAAUGAUGAUGGACAUGAGUUUGCGGCUUCACUGUGGACGCAAACCAAGCUUGUGACGCAUCGCAUGAACGUCUCGCUGUUCCGGAACACCGAAUACCUUGAUAAUAAGUUUGCUAUGCAUAUCAGCCUAGCGCUCUUAAACGGCUUCACCUUUUGGGCGAUUGGCGACACUCUUACAGACCUGCAGCAGAACCUCUUUACUGUAUUCAACUUCAUUUUCGUCGCGCCGGGUGUCAUCUCCCAGCUCCAGCCUCUGUUCAUCGACCGUCGCGAUAUCUUUGAGGCACGGGAAAAGAAGAGCAAAAUGCACCAGUGGGCUCCUUUCGUUACGGGGCUGAUAGUCUCGGAGUUUCCUUACUUGCUUGUCUGCGCAUUGCUGUAUUACGUCUGCUGGUACUUUACUUGCGCCUUUCCGACAUCAGCAGACCACGCUGGCAGUGUGUUUUUGGUCGUGGUCAUGUACGAGUGUCUUUAUACGGCUAUUGGGCAGAUGAUUGCCGCAUAUACCCCCAACGCCGUGUUCGCAUCUCUGGUCAACCCCCUGGUGAUCACAACCCUAGUCUCAUUCUGCGGCGUCAUGAUCCCAUACAGUCAAAUCGAGCCAUUCUGGAGAUACUGGAUGUACUACAUCGACCCAUUCAACUACCUCAUGAGUUCCCUCCUCGUCUUCACAACCUGGGACAAGCCUGUCCACUGCACGCCCGAGGAACUGGCUGUAUUCGACCCAUCCCCCAACCAAACCUGCGGCGAAUACCUCGACAUCUACCAGCGCGGCAUGGGCGUAGCCACGAACCUCCUCAACCCAGACGACACCACCGACUGCCGCGUAUGCCAAUACACCGAGGGGGCUGAUUACCUCCGGACACUGAACCUCGAAGAGAAAUACUACGGAUGGAGGAACGCGGGCAUCGUUGUUGUCUUUGUGGUUGGGAUUUACGGGCUGGUGUUUCUCAUGAUGAAGCUCAGGACUAAGGCUACCAAGAAGGCCUCGUCUUGA